AUGGAGGUUUUGCAAUCGACAAUGCAGAACGGGUCCUUCUCUGGACCCGGAAGGGAAUUGUCCGACUAUGUAGAAGGCAUUCAAGGGAGCUUUCCUCUGCACAGGGCGGUCCUGAAAGUUCUGCCAGUAGGUACCAGGGUUGUGUCAUCAGAAACCUGUGGCCUCUCGACCUGGACGAAGACUGCGAAAGUCACCGCGCUCUUACCUGACGGCAAUUCGAAGCGUUAUUUUCUCAAGGUUGCCACAGGAAAAGGAGCGAAGCCUAUGGCAGAGGGAGAAUUUCGUUCUGCGUCCAUCAUUGAUUCCAUCGUCUCCGGCUUUACACCCAAGCCGUCUGGAUGGGGCGAGUACAUGGACAAGAGCAACUUCACACAAUACUACUUCUUCAUCGGCGAUUUCCACGACAUGGACUUUUCCACGGCACCAGAGCCUGAGGAGAUAAUGGCCAAGCUGGUCACGCUGCACCAGAACGCCAUUUCCCCCAACGGAAAAUUUGGGUUCCCUGUGCCGGUAGUCUCCGGUAUUAUGGAGCACACAGUCACAUGGACUCCAAGCUGGGUAGAAUCUUUCACGGCCCAGCUCCAGGACGUCCUCCGGUAUGAUACUGAGACGAACGGAUCAUGGCCUGAGUUAGAUGCAGCUUCCCAGCAACUAGUCGAGGCCGUGAUUCCGCGGCUUCUUGGGGCACUGCAGUCCAAUGGGCGGAACAUAAAACCAACUCUGAUUCAUGGCGAUUUGUGGGAGCGAAACGUGGGUAUUGACAUGGAGACAGGGAACAGCCUCGUUUUCGACGCGGGUAGCACGUAUGGACAUAACGAGUUCGAGUUCGGGACCUGGAGAUGUAUUUGGGCAUACUACUUCAACUCCCCAACGUAUAUGCGUUUCUACCAACGUCACAUUGAACCCUCUGAUCCUGCUGAGGAGUGGGAUGACCGCAACCGGCUAUACAGCAUUCACACACACUUCAACUAUUCCGCAGGCCAUGCAGGCAACAUCACUAGGGGAUUGGCCUUGAACGAUAUUCUCUAUCUCUGUGAGAAAUACGCCCCAUUAGAUACUUUGGAGAAGUACGACCCGGACAGAAACAUUAGCAUUUCGCCGAACUAUGCUUCGCUAGCAAAGAAGCAAUUGUAG